GCGCGGCGGGUAAGGGCCGUGCGACUGAGCGAAGGGCGCCCUUUGGGACCCCGGGGGACUGCGCUCGGUUCCAAAUGACGCAGCCAAGCACCGGGAUAAGGAGCCCGAUUCUGAAAGGCGCCCCUCGGCUGCGCCCGGGCUCUGCCUCCUUCCCCGCGCGGACGGACUCUGAGCGCGCAUUGCUGUUUGUUUCACUUCCAGUGCUGCUCUGGCGAGAACGCCUGAGGUCGGUUUCCCUUGGCGGCGGGGGCUACGUGGGGUCAGACCCCGGAGACCAGGCGUCCCUGCUGCGUAGGUUCAGGGACGACAUAGCCAGCGUGCCGAGCGCACCCCAGAUUGUCCCCGCAUUGUGCUCAGGUUAAAUGGGAUCGCGUCGUUGAAAGAACACGUUGAGGAAAAAGCUUGUAUCCCAUGAAAGCGUCAACUUUAAAUUGCAACCUGACCUGUGAAAUGAGGCGUGUUCUCUGCAGCCCAGAGGCCGUAGGUAGAACCGGGGACCCUCUUAGGAUUGCUUGGCCUUUGUGUCUUCUCCUUGGCCCCCUCCAAGUGCCAGCUCCUUUUUACAGGACUGAAGACACUCGUCCAGGUUUCAGUCCGCUGUAUGCUUUCACUUCGUCCCCUGGAAACAACUCAGAAUUUUUCCAGGAUUGCAGUAUUUUUUUUAAAGGAAAAACAGAAAGGCUGUAUAGAAAAAUUCCUAUCUGAUGGGAGUUAAUUCCAGGACUCUUCAGUGGAAUUUUCUUUUUUUUAUAAUUAGAAAUUCAAAUCUGUUCUGUGUAAAAGCUGCUUCCUUAACAAAGCAGCCUGGAAGGAUCUGCACCCUCACUGUCAGCUUAGCUCAGGCAGGUGACGGACUUGUUAACCGUCCCUGGACUCAAGAAUCCGGAAGUGCAGUGUCCUGAGAUGCCUGCCAGGACUCCGGUGGGUGGGUCGGGGGUCGGUCGUCUUCCCGAAUUGCAGAUUGCAAAAACGAGGUGGCAAGAUCGGAAAAUCCAGAGCCUGCCUUUGCAGACCGGCCUCUGCCUCCGGAGCUGCGGCGGCACAGAGGGCAGGGGUGGGCUCUCAGGGCGGCCUGCUCUCCCGUGGCGCCCGCCGCGCUCGGCAAGCCGGUGGUCCCCGUGACCCGGAGCUCGGCGCGCAGCGGCCACGGACGUGCAGGACAGUGUGCUGGAGUGUGGACCUGCUCCUCACUGUCGGAGGGCAGCUGAUGGUUAAGUAACACACAGAUCAGCCUUGUGAGUCGUCAGCCUCCAGUUUCCAGUGCCCUUUGGAAGAGAUCAAACAGGGCUGGGGUUUUUGUUUAAUUUUUUUUUUUAACGUGGCCGCCAGAAGGAACACGCGGACUUUGUCUUCAGACGGUGCUUGGCAUGGAUUGCGUGAUCAAAAGAGAAGAGGAAUUGCUUUUGUGUGACAUCAGCUCGGGGCUUAACGCUUUCACAUCUUUCUCGCAGGGAAAAAGGUAGGAGUAUUACCCCUGCCGUGAUCAGAAGCCUGUUGUGCGCAGCGCAGUUGCAGGGAGACCUCACAGCUGGGGGCCAGGCCCACCCGGCGUGGACCCCGCGUCACCGUGCAGGCAUGAAUGCAGGAAGGACGUUUAUCUGACCCUCAGCGGUCUUGUCCAGCAGGGGUUCCCCAGGAAGCAUUGCUCGGGAUUUGAACUGCCAUUAGGAACCCGGCAGGUUUGGCACGUUAACGCUUGCCAAAAUGGCUGUACCUUUUUAAUUGCGGCAUCUAAAGUCUCCAAAGAGCGCGUGGUAGGUGCCCCGUGGUACUUGGGGAGCAAAUAAAGGAACAACUUCUGUUGCUCUAACAGAAGAGAACAUUUACCGUCCCCUCGUCUGCGUCUCUGAUGCCCUGUGACCUCCGGUACUCCGCGGCCAGGCCCGUGCUCAUCUGUUCAUAUGUUCAGGGAGAUUCCUCGUUCCCUGAGAAGUGGCUGCUGUCCCCAUCUCCGCAGGGGUUAGGUGCCCCGCAGCACCCACAGGGACGGAGAUGCCCCAGGGGAGGCUGGGAGCUCCAGCUGCCGCCAGGAGGCGCUCCGGAGUCCGUGGGAGAGGUGCCCUCGGGUGGAAGCUGAAGAAAGGGUUCUGAGGACCCUGCAGUGAAAUCUUUUCCGGAAGAAUUUCCCAGUAGUUGACUUGGCUGGUCGUGACUUGUCCUAACAGAGGCAGCGUGCGAUGAUCCCUUUUCACUGGCGGUUCUGGCAUUAAAUAUACCGCAGGAGCGCGCUGACUCUGCAGCUGUAAACAUGAUGUCUGGGAUGUUCCCUGGACCCGCCAAGCCUGCUUCAUGCACUCACAGGGAAAUGAACUUGCUCAAGGUCGCCGGUGAGGGCAGGGCAUCCACAGGACCGUGCGUGGCUUCCGUCUCUUAUCCGUGAGGCUGAUGUGUGUGUGACCCUGGAGCCUUUGCUGUUGAUCGACGGACCUCUUUUCAAGCUGGGUAGUGACGCGUCCCUGCCCACAGGGUGCGUGUGCUAGCCACGGAAUUCCUGUGUGAAAUCUUUCCUUGGCGCAGGCUCAGCUUUCAAGGAGAGAAUAAAGGGGUUCUAGAGGCCAUCGCUUGUCCUGAACUUGAGGGCCGGUCUCAGUUUUUACCCUUUGAAUCUGCCUUAAAGGUUUGAGGAGACAACAGUGCUGAGUUGCGGAUGGCAGGCAGGGGAAAUAAGGGGGAAGGAGGCCUUUCUCCCGUGGCUCACAAAGCAAGCAUUUCAAAGGAAGGGAUGAACCGAAUAUUCGUUUUUAAUGGCGUUCCCUGGAUGCAGUUGUCAGACUUUCUCAUGGUCACAGAAAGCCUUGGCGGGAGGCUUGUCAAGAUGCAGGUGCCCGGGUGUGGCCGAGAGUCUCAGGUGAGGGGGAUGGGGGGGAUCCCAGGAACCUGCACUGAUGCCCAGGUGAUCCCCGCGCCCGGGAACCGUGGCUGUGCUGUCCUCACCCCAGGCCCCCUUACACAGCUUUGGGGGACUCUGACACCAUACUCCGCCCUGAUGGUGAGCCCGAAUGCUGGGGACAGGGCUGGGGAGGACGUGACCCCAGCGAGUUGCGGGCUGCUCCGAAGAGAAUCCACGUGACUGCCACGGUCACGUUCACCCAGCGAGUUUGGAACGAUGUUUUCCCUGCGGAAAUACACGGGUGGAGAUACUCUGCGGCCGGCUUGCCAUGGAUUAUGCUUUAUCCUGGUCUCAGAAGGGACUUUUGACUCUUGGCACAAAGUUAGAUGCCAAGCCCGUCUAAGACGCCAGGACGUCGGCCUAAAACCCCACCUGGAGCAGCCGGACGAGUGCAGACCCUGCGGCGAGGCGGCCGACAGUGACAGCAGGCCCAGCUCAGGCUUCUACGAGCUGAGUGAUGGUGGUUCCUGCUCCCUGUCGGCCUCCCGCACGUCCGUGAGCAGUGACCGCGUGUACUCCUUGGGCACUUUGCUGCCAGCUGACCCCACGGCCAGGCCCCGGUCAGCCGACGACACCACCGUGCAUGGAGCCCCCCUGCCCACCUGUAGACCGCAGGCCACCGAGGAGGGCGAGUGCCGGCCCAGGCCGGUGUCUACAGGUGAUCUCGAAAGAGUCCUGCCGUCUGCGGUGGUGCCCCAGAAAGCCAGCACAGACCCCACAUCCGCGACCCUCCUCUGCCACGGGAUGGGGCUGCCAGCCCACGGGCCGGACCCCAAGUACCGGCGUGACCUGGUGUCCACGGGGGGCAGGGAGGUGUACCCGUACCCCAGCCCCCUGCACGCCGUAGCUCUGCAGAGCCCGCUCUUCGCUCUGCCCAGGGACGCCCUGCACGCCGACUCCCAGCCGCCCCCUAGGAAGGCCCCUCCCGGCCCCACAGGCCCGUCGAUCCCGACAAGACCUGUCCUUGAGGCCGGCCCCGCUGCAGCCUAUAUAGACAGGCUACUGAGGCUGCGGGCCCGAGGGACCCCCGCGAGGAGCAGUGUGGGUGAGCAGGGGCCCCCAUCCCCGCAGGCACUUGGUGGCCAGAGAGCAGACGGUCCAGACGGCCUAGAGAAGCUGGUGUGCACCCCCGGGAGAGCAGGAGCGGGCAGGCUGGCCCAGAGAGGGGACGCCAGCAGGGACCGCCUCGAGCAGCAGGGUGUGGGCACCCCACGCCCCAGCAGCCUUCCAAAGGGGGGACCCAAGCCCUCCAGUGGCUGCGUCCGUGGGGACACCGUGCUGGGCUCCCCUCCGCCGAGGUGUGGGCGUGCCCAGGUGGCCGCCAGCGGUCAGGAGAGGACAGUCCUGUCACCUGCCAGGAAGGCAGGAGGAGAGAGCCCCGCUCUGGCCCCCGAGGGGUGUGGCCGCCCCCCAUUUGCUGUCAGCGGAGCUGCUCUCCUGGGGUUAAAAGCGGGCGCCCCCAGGACAAAGGCUGUGAAGAUCAGGAGAGGGGCCAGUGACAAGGUCCUGAGGUUUGGGGGGCAACCGCCAGCGGGAGGUGCCCUCGCCACUCCCCAGCUGCCUCCCGAGUGGGGGGCCGGUCUCAGGAGGAGGCCCACGCCGGCCGGGGUGGCGCCCAGCCGGUCCUGCUCUGAGCCCAGACUCUACCCCGUGCCCUUCCUGGUGCCCCUGCUGGUGGCCCGACGGGAGGCCCGCGGGGGCCCCGCGCUGGCCUUGUUCCCCUCAGAAGCAGCUGCUGUGGCGGCCGGGGGGGAGGCACAGAAACAGCGCCGGUGGCUGUCCUCCGUGGAGGUCUCGGGCGGCCUGGGGCCCCACAGGCCGGCAGUGAGCAGAGGGGGUGGGCAGCGGCCCGUGUGCGUCCGGGCCAGGCCCAGGCUGCCCCCCCGUGCCUCCCGCGCCGGGAGCGAGUCAGAGGGCUCCGAGCACUCUGCCGAGGGUGCCUCCCUGCCUCCGUCCGCUGCCACCGAGACCAGCGAGGACGACAGGGCCAGCGACCACACUGCCAGCUGCUUUGGGGACAAGGAGUCCAGCAGCAGUGACUCAGAAGGCGGGGCCUGGCCUGGGGCGCGUCCCCCACAGCUCCCGCGGGCCCCAGCCGCCCGCAGGCCGCCCCUGCCCCCCGUGCCCAAAGUGUGCCGGAUCAAGGCCUCCAAGGCCCUGAAGAGAAAGAUCCGGAGGUUCCAGCCGGCGGCACUGAGGGUCAUGACCAUGGUGUGAGGCCCACAGGAGACGGCCUGGGGCGUCCCCGCCCGCGCCAGGGAAGCCGUCCUGAGGAACCGCGAUGACAGCACGCGACCAGCCCCAACAGGUGGACGGCCGACCAGAACUUGGGAAAAACCAUAAGAAAACUAGCCAAAGCGUCUGUGGGUUUGUGGACAUUCAUGUAACAGGCAGCUAGUUUCAGGAUGUGGUUUAGAGAUAAACAUUUUAAAAAGCAA